AUGCCUAACUUUCCUGGGAUGCAGGUAGCGGAGGCGCCGAACAUCAGCUCUCGGUGUUUGUGGUCCACCCAGAACCAGACGGGUCACCUGGCCACAGCCGGACACCUGUUCAGUUCCAUCAUUCCUCACGAACCGGCAGUUCCCGCGCUCAUUUGCGGUUUUGCUUUCCUGACUCUUUUCUCUUUAUUGGCCAACCUGUUCACUUUGUACACCAUCGAGCGGUCGGAGGACUUCUCUUGGCUGCCGCGGUUCAUCCUCUGUAAAAACCUGAUCUUCAGCAACCUGCUCCAGACCGUCACCUUCGCUCCCGCGAUCAUCCACUCGCUCGCGCAGCACCAAACCAUGGCGUUCGGCAUUUAUUGCUACUUUCAGUACGUCGUCAGCGAAGCCACCAUCUUCUCCAGCCUCACCACCAUCACCUGCAUGGCGCUAGAACGGUACCUGUUCGUGUGCUACGCCCUCCAAUACACAGUGACGGUCACCCGGGAGCGCGUGAGGAAAGUCAUCGUCCUCAUCUGGUUGUACUCUAUUGCCAUCAGCGUCGUCAGCUUGAGUCUGGUGCUGAGUAAGGGAAGGCAGGAGAAUAUCCCGGACGUCACCGUGGGGCUGCUGUGUGAACCGGACAUCAUGGAGCAGCACGUGGGCUCCCCGCGCGCUCCUGCUAUAUUCCGAAAAGUGGCCGGUUCCCUCACGCUGCUGCUCUGCCUGCUGGCACACGCCUUCUCAUACUUCAGGAUGUACCGCAACGCCAGCAACGCUGUUGUGCCGUUCAACGAGAGCAACACCGCGGCGCGAAGGACAGUCCUUUUCUACUGCGGGAUGCUGUUCCUGCAGCUGCUGCCGCUGCUCAUCAAGGUUACGUCGGGCGCGCUGUGGUUGACCGGUGUCAUCGAGCUGUCCGCCGGGUCUCGGGAGGACUGCCUUGCCGGCCCCUCAGCGACCGCGGCGGGGUUCCACGUGUCCCUGCUAGUCAUGCUGCUGGUCAAACCCUGCAUCAACCCUCUGGUGUACGGACUGCGGAGCGUGGAGCUCAGGAAGGCGCUGCUCAAGUUGCUCCGCUGGCGCGUGGGGCACAGAGGCGACCAGGAGCGGCCGCGUGAGAUGGUGGUUCUCAGGGACAUUGUGCAUCCCAACUUUCCUGACGCGAGAUAA